ACAACUUCACUUCACUCGAUCAAGCUAAAUUCGGCUGCUAAUUGAUUUUGGAAAGUGUUUAGUUCAGACAAGUUUGCUUUGAAAAAUUGCAAUUAAACAGCUUUACACCUGUUAAACGCAAUCCAGACAGUUUUUAUCUUUCAAGAAAAAGACGCUCCAAGAUUGACUUGAUCCCCAAGAUGGCUGAUAAUAUAACGAACAAUCGGAAGAGGAAACAUCGUGAUCCACAUGUUGCUGGAGGUGCUGCUGAGUACCAAGACGAUUUCCUGGAUAGUCCGGAUUUUAUGACUAUCAUUGAGAUGGUGGAAAUGUUGUUUGAAAAUCAGGGAAACAUGUACAAGUUACUUGAUGCCUAUUUAAACAAUGUAAAUCAUCAUAAAUUGAAGAAAGCUAAGACCGACUUCCAGAAGCUGCAGAACAAGUACCACGAGGAAAAGCGAGCUAUGAGUAAGGCAAUGUCGAAUCUGAGUGUGAACAUGGGGAACCUUAAAGAUUGUGCAGGAAAACUCUUUGAUCUAUUUGAGGCUCAAUUUGAAGAAAGGGAGGAUCUUCAUCGCAAAUUGAAUAAAGCUCACGAGGAUAAGAUUAUGUUACUUCAGGGGCUACAGUUGGAGCAGCAAAUGAAAAUGUCUCUACUAGGAAUGUUAAAGAACAAAUUAGAGACGUAUGAGGUGAAUCGAAAAAUGGACCAGGCUAAUAACGCUAAGCGAUCAAAAUCUUCGGCACGCUAAGAUUCCAAGACUACCAAUAAUUAACAGUUGAAUUUAUAUGAUCAAUUCUUCGAUCACUUCCAGAAAAAAAAAUGAAUAUGAUCCAGAUAGAACUGCGCGAUGAAAUAAAUAUUUGAUUUUCAUUAAUUUUUUGGCACUCAGGCUUUGUCCUUUAUGCAGAUCAAUUGAGAUCGUUCAAUGAUGAUCAUUCGUAUUAAUCACUUUAUAUGAAUUAACAAUGUUGCUUGAAAAUGAAUA